CUCACUGUAUCUCUCUCUCUCUCUCUCUCUCUCUCUCUCUCGCAUCUCGCUCUAUUCCUCUUUCUGGCUCUCUAGCAUAAAGUCCCUGUUCAGUUCUUGGCGUUCCUUCCUCCUGCUUGCCGCAGUCUUUAUAUCGAGCCGUGUGUCCGCAUCGAGUCAGUGUUGCGGGCUCCUGGGUGGAUGUGACUGAGGCCGGUGGAGGAACAAACUGACCCGCCGAGAUGACCACCGUGGCCCAGACGCACCACGAGGGGACAGUGCUGACGCCUCCCCAAGUGCGCCACCUGACCAAUAGGAACCCGUCCCCGUCCCGAGCCUUGGCCAGUCCUGGCAGCACUCCGCCAGCAGAGCUGUCGGAGCUCCUGCGUGACAAGGAGCGCCGUGCCGAGCAGCAGCGGGGCCGCUGCGUGGAGGAGCGGGAGAGGAGGCUGGAGGAGCAGCGGAGGAAGGAGUCCAGGCGCCGCGCGGCCGCCGAGGGGAAGAGGAGGCUGCAGCAGGAGGAGGAGAAGGAGCGGCUGGAGGCGCUGGUCCGCCGGCGGGCGGGGGGCGCGGCGGACAAGAGGGGCCGCGGCGCCGGGGAGGCCGGCCGGGACCCCCCGGAGAACCGGCCCAAGAGAUGGACCUGGGGGGGACCCCCGGACGGAGCCGAGGUAAAUGACUUCCUGACUCCAACCACUCCUGAUCAACCAAUCAACAAGCGGCUUUCCAACUCCUCUGCAGCCAUCCAUUCACCCGAGAGAGUGUCUGGUGUGUCCCAUCGUUUAGCGUCCUCCGGAACACAGAGGCCGCACAGAAGUUCCUCCAACCGCAGGAGCGUCACCGGCUCCCUGGAGGAGAACACAGGGGACAAGACACCGACAGACGGUCAGACCCCGCCCAACCGCAGUUCAUCCUUCAGAACCCAAGGCAAAGGACCCAGCACCCCUAAACGGGUGCGGUCCACCAAGAACCGGGCCUUGUCUCCCUGCUCCCCUGGCCAGUACCCCCCCUCCCCUGUCCGGCACCGCGCCCCCACCCCUGGCUCCGAGGACAGGGGUCACAUCGAGGGCAAAGGCCCCGGGACCCUGGAGAGGAAGUCCUCCAAGGUGGACGCCCCGGAGAGGAAGAUCCCCAAGUCCACCAGCAAAGAGCUGGCUGCAGAGUCCCCGUGCACGCCCACCGGCCGCAGUGUGGGCGGGACCAGUGACGCAGAGGAGGCGUCCCGUAUGCUGGCCGAGAGACGACGCCUGGCCCGGGUCCAGAAGGAGCAGGAGGAGCGACAGAGACAGGAGGAUGAGAGUCUGAGACAGGAGGAGGAGGAGCGGAGGCAGAAGGAGUUACUGGAGCAGCAGGAGCUGGCGGCUCUGCAGGAGGAGGAGAAUCGGAUCUGUCGCGAGGACGAGAGGAAGAGGAGGGAGGAGGAGGAGCGAAGGCAGAAGGAGCAGCGCUGGAAGGACAUGCAGGAUCAGCUGGACAGAGAGAGGGAGGAGGCGUGCCUGCGGGCCCAGAAGGAGGCGGAGAGGAAGCGGCAGGAGAGAGAGCUGCUCCACAUUCAGGAGGAGCAGGAGAGACUGCAGAGGAAGAAGAGGAUCGAAGAAAUCAUGAAGAGGACCAGAAAGACAGAGGGAGAGCUGCAGUCUCCUGCCCCAGUGUCGGAUGCCAGGGGCCCGCCCGGCCUCAUUGGGGAGGACGAGGCCCCUCGUCCCGCUGAAGCCCCCCACAUCAUGCUGGGGCCCCUGGAGACCAAGAGCUGCCUGGACGAGCUGUCCGACGGCGUGCAGUCCAUGGACGUCAGCCCUGUGUCCCGGGACGACCAGGCCAGCGCCCAGGACUUCUCCCCGGUCACCGAGGGGGGCGGCGAUGUCCCCUACGGCCUGGAGCACAUGUCGGAGCUCUCCCUGCACGGGCCCCCCGGGGACACCCCCGCCUACCCCAAGCUGCAUGCGGGCAGUGGGGCCGCGCUGGGCGACCUCAACAAGAACCUGCUGAUCCAGGCCUACAGCGCCGCCUCCGAGUCCUCCCAGCUCAUCCACAGCCUUGGGCCGGGGAAGCUAGACGUCCUGUAGCCAGGCCAAUGUUACCCACGGGGGUGUGGGGGGGCCCAGAAGCAGUCGGACCGGACUCUCUGUCAUCAUCAUCCUUCGCGGACCAGAACCCGCCCCCCGCCUCAACCCGCACAACCUCCAGCCCGCACCGGGAGCCGGAGACGCCCCCCUCCCCCACCCCUCUCCCCCUGUGCCUUCCGCAGGGAGCCGUCGCUAUAUCCUUGGCCCCUCCUCCAUGUAACCCCCCCCCCCCUCCCCCACACACACACAUCCAUACACACACAUAACUCACACCGUAAACGCAACUGCAUACCUUUAACCAGCAGGGUUAAAGCCGGGGUCGGGAAAAGCAAGUGCACCGUAAUCCACCUUCCUGUCCGCAGUACUGACGCCCUGAGGCGCCGCCGCUGGCCGCGGGUCAGGUGCAGUAGCACUCUGUACAUAGAGCCCACUCAGCAAGGGGGGGGGGGGGGGGGGGCACCACUACCAGAACAUGAGUACGAUCCGUGGGGCGGACGGGGUAGAUUUUGUCACGUGACUUAUGGUUGCUAGGGUAGAUAACGUGUAUACAGUUCAUGGGGUAUAAAUAUAUAAAUAAAUAUAUAUAUGCAUAGUGGGGGAGGGCUGCUUAAAGACGUGGGUCAUGAUGCCGGCGUCUCUGAACGCCGUCAUGGCCUCUCUCCUGGUCUGUGUUCUCUGGUGGGUCCUCCUGUGAGUGUGUAGCAGCACGGACUCCUCCCGUCUUCGACGUCCAUAAGAACCCCCACCACGCGACGCUACACAAUCGACUGUAGAUAAUGCUAACGCGCCCCAACUGCCGCGGAGGGAAAUGUUAUUAAUAACUGGAUAUUAUAGUCCUGCUUUUAAACCCCUGAAAAAUAGUAGCUUAUGCUUUUGUUACUGGUCAUGAGGAUAAAAAACAGCAACAAUGUAAAGUGUGUAAAGGAGUGUUUAAGAGAGGGAGGGAGUGUGUGUGUGUGUGUGUGUGUGUGUGUGUGUGUGUGUGUGUGUGUGUGUGUGUGUGUGCGUGUGCGUGUGUGCGUACGUACGUGCGUCUUUGUGCGCCUGUGCAAUUCUCUUUUUUUAUCUAUCUGCAGUUGAGGAAAAUAUUGAUACAGUGCGUUUGGUGUCGUGUAUUCGUUUCCACUCACCGUAACUGCGCUAGCUUUAGCUUAGCUUAGGUCCCCCGUACACUUAGCUGUGAUUCACUGGUCUGGAACUAACCCACCUCCUCCCUCCCUCCCGCUGGGUUCAGAUCCGGUUGCCAGGUCCAGAGAUGGUGUUAGGACACCCCCCCCCCCCCCCUCCCCCCUUACACUUACUGGAAAGCUCGUUCUAGAAAAUAAGCGUCUGCAGAAAUAAAGAACACCUCACAAACACUAAGGAAGCCUGGUUGGUAAGACCGCCGGCGCCACGCAACCCCUCACCUUGAGGCCUUAAACCUCUCCGCCGCUGGGCUCUCAUUGGCUGAGCCCGCUCCGCUGCUGUGUGAUCAAUUGAAAUGGAUUUGCUGUGAUCCAUUGGUUUUCCUCCCUCCCAAACCCCCUCCCUCCUCAUUAUAGCCCUCUUUGCUUCGCUCUCAGGGUGUGUGUGUGUGUUGUGUGCACUAGCAUGUGUUCUUCAGUCUGGGCCCAUGUAACCGCGGCCAUCCCUAGCGGUCCUAAGGUAGACCAGAGUGUGCACACAUGUCAGUGUGACGUUUGAUCAAUGGGUCGUGCUUAAGGUUGCCAUGUCUGUGUCAGCAACCCUCUUUCCAGGUCCAUGUUUUGAUUUUUGAAUUGUUUUCCAUUCACCGUCGAUGUUAUUGGUAACGGUUGUCCCCGGGUUCCCUGAGGUAUGUCAGUCUCCUUGUAUAGGAAGUGAACAUUAAAAGGAUAUAGUCGUGUUUAUCACAAUAUUACCUUAUUAAUUCCGUGACACUGCAGCUUGGUGGAAUAUAUUAUUGUAUGUGUGGUGCAUGGAUAACUGCUGAAAAUAACAAUAAAACCAUCAAAGUA